AUGGAAAAAUUCGGAGAGCAAUGGGAAUCGAUUGUAGAAAUGAAUGAAGAUCAGAGUUUGGAAUUGGACAGUCGAGAUCAUACUUCACAGAAUCAUUUCUGUAGUAUGUAUUUCUUCGUUAUCAGCGAAAAUGCGACGGAGCGCAGCCGCGAUGAUGUGGCAUGGCGUCAUCUCCAGAGCGGGAAGAAGCGUUUCGUCCGUGCUCUUUGA